AUGGGUAAAGGACGUCGCAUGAAGAAACAGGGCCCACCGGGCCCGCUGGAUGAGUCGAAGAUUUCCAUACUGAAGAAGCGCAAGGCUGCUGAGGCAGAUUCAGCCCCCAAGGUUGCCGCAGCGAAGAAGCGCCGCAGAGCCGAUGUCGAGGAAGAAGUCGUUGCCAAGAAGAUCACCCCCAAGAAGAACAAGGUCAAUGGCGUGGCUGCGAGCAAAGUCGACAAGAAGGAAGUCACUGGAAAGAAGAAGCCUGUGCCAAUGGGCUCGGACGAAGAGGAUUUAGACAUGGAAGACGACGAGUUUGAUGAUCUGGACGGUGUCAGCGAAGGUUCCAUGGACAGUGAUGAUCAGGUCGAGAGACUAUCAGACUGGGGGUAUGACGACGAUGAACCCGAGAAUGAUUCGGUCGUCGACUCUGAUGAGGAUGACCACCCCCGCGGAACCAUGUUUUCGGACGACGAGGAUCUUUCUGAUGCCGAGGAGAAAUUGACCGCUGCCAACAUCGAGGGACUCUCGAGGAAGCUCGAUGCAGCGAAGCAGGCCGAAGAGGAGGAGGCAGAGCAGGAAUUGCAGGAGGCGGCUUUGCAGACCAACAUUGCCGGCGACGGUCCCGACGUCUUUGCCGACCAGGCCCAGCAGGGACUGGCGCCGGAUCUGCAGCUCCUGCGUCAGCGCAUCACGGAUACUAUUCGCAUCCUCGGAGACCUGAAGACCCUGGGACAGGCCGGCAAGUCGCGCGCUGAAUACGUCGAUCUCCUGCUCAGCGACAUCUGCACCUACUACGGCUACACCCGAUUCCUGGCCGAGAAGCUGUUCAACCUGUUUACCCCGAUGGAGGCGUUUGCGUUUUUCGAAGCCAACGAGACACCCCGUCCCGUUGUCAUCCGUACCAACACCCUGCGAACGAACCGCCGCUCCCUCGCUCAAGCUCUGAUCAACCGUGGCGUCGUGCUCGAGCCUGUCGGCAAGUGGUCUAAGGUUGGUCUGCAAGUUUUCGAGUCUCCGGUCCCUCUGGGUGCCACUCCCGAAUACCUCGCGGGUCAAUACAUUCUCCAAGCUGCGUCUUCGUUCCUUCCUGUCAUGGCGCUGGCCCCUCAGCCAAAUGAGCGCUGUCUCGAUAUGGCCGCCGCUCCCGGCGGUAAGACUACCUACAUGUCUGCCUUGAUGCGUAACACCGGCACUGUGAUCGCCAACGAUGCCAGCAAGCCCCGUGCUAAGGGUCUGAUUGGUAACAUCCACCGUCUGGGCUGCAAGAACACCAUCGUCACAAACCUGGAUGCCCGUACGGCCUUCCCCAAGGCCAUGGGCGGCUUUGACCGUGUGUUGUUGGACGCUCCUUGCACCGGUACCGGCGUUAUUUCCAAGGAUCCCGGCGUGAAGACGUCGAAGGAUGAGCGUGACUUCUUGGCCAUCCCCCACAUGCAACGACAGCUGCUCCUGGCUGCCAUCGACUCAGUUGACCAUUCUUCUAAGACGGGUGGCUAUGUGGUCUACUCCACAUGCAGUGUUACCGUGGAAGAGAACGAGUCAGUCGUGCAGUACGUCCUGCGGAAGCGGCCCAACGUCAAGAUCGUUGACACGGGCCUGGGCGACUUUGGCAGCCCCGGAUUCAUCAGCUACAUGGGCAAGAAGUUCGACGCCAAGAUGGCUCUUACCCGUCGCUAUUUCCCACACCGCGAGAACGUCGACGGCUUCUACGUUUGCAAACUGAAGAAGACCGGUCCUAGCCCUGCGGCCAAGCCAGCCGAUGACGCCACCUCUGCCCGAGACCGUCGUCCCGCUCGUGCUAGCUCUCAGGCUGCUUCUACCGACGAUGAGAUCGAUAAGACCCCUAUCGUCGAUGAAGACGGAGUCACGGUGGAUUUCGAGGGUGGUGCUUUCGGUCCUUUCGAGGAAACCGAGGAUGCGGACAGAAUCGCUCGGGCUGAGCGCAACCGUCUGCGUCGCAAGGGUCUCAAUCCGAAGGGUGUCUUGAACAAGCCCAAAAAGACCAAGGGCGAGGCAUCAUCAAAGCCCGUCGAGCCCAUCCAGGACCAGGAGAUCAAGGCAAAUGCCACAAAGAAGUCCUCCAACCAGGGCAAGGGGGAGAAGAAGACGGUGACCAAGAGCGACCGGAAGGAAAAGAAAGUUAAGAAGGCGGCCAAAUGA